CCUCGUAUGACUGACGGGUUUGCUGCAGCCACUCUGACUUUCUGCAUGGAUAUAUCCCCGGACACCCCCAAAGCCCGCGUCUAUUCAGCCUCUACCAUCCCUGCAAAAUCCUCAACCCCCCCUCCCCCUCCCCCUCCCCCCUCCGUCUCCCUCCCCAGGUACGGAACAGCCGGAGCAGGGAAGAGUUUUCUUAUUGAUCAUAUUUUGUUUAAUUCUCCUGUUUCUUGGUUGUUUUUUCGGCUUUGCAUUCGCCUCGCCUUCUUUCAUCGUGCCGUGUUGCCGUUCGUUGCCUUUGCAUACGCACGAAAGCCCUGUCCCAGAUUAACGAAAAAGCAAAAUAUUGAUAUUAUUACCCGCGCGUGUUUGGUUGGUUACUUAUGAGAUUAUAGAAGCUUUGAGCAGAACACAAUACGAGAUAUCAUUUCUUUUUCCUUUUCUUUUUCUAAUUAAGCAACUGAUGAUCUACCCCCAAGCAAUUUAAAUGAUGAAUCAUGGAAGAAUCGAAGAACCAGAAACUGGGAAAAGCAUUUAUUUUCUUUUGCUUUUUCUUAUUGAUUUUUUUUUUUUUUCAUAUAUUAUCUUUUCUAUAUAUGUACAACGAUUUGAAAAAAUGAAUAACUAAACAAAUGAUGAUCAUGUUUCAUGAAACUUGCAUAGUAAGCUAGCUAUUCAGACACAACAUUACCUUGAUACUUCAUAUAUUGUCCAGUACAAGUAUAAGGUGUAGAGAAACAUCAUGGGGUAGCUCAACAGCUGAAAUAAAAGCCGGGUUUUUUUAAGUUUUGUGCUGGACAUCUUCUCUAAUAAUAUGCGCGGCUACUAUUUAUUUUAUUAUUGCUGCUUAAGUUUUGGCUGGGGCUGUUUCCCCUCUUUUGUCCAAGUGAGUGAGAAGAACUUGUGUUCAUAUAAUAAUAAGCUGUGGAUGAUUUUCCGCUAUCAGCCCAAUCAGCCAUCUGGAGCUGAUGGUGGAUCAAAAAGAGCAGCAGGAAGAAACUUAUCUAUCAGACAGACAGAGUGGCCUGAUAGAGCAACCUACAUGUACAUGUACUGUACAUGCACAUGUAUGUAUGUACAAAACAAACUUAAUACAGUUUAAACUGGGCAGCCAGGUGUGUAUAUAGACUUCACCCUAGUAUCUUUGGCAGGGCAGUUGAACAUAAUCUGAGAAAUUGAGCAUGAACAGUUGUUACAGCUAAGAAAGAGAUAAAAAGGGAAAAGAUAGAAUCAGUCACAUCUUGCUGGGCUAUUCCAUUACUCUUGCCCUCACUAUGAUAAAUAAUAUUGUAUUCUGUACCUGAGUCAAAAAAUCUCACAGUGGGGAUAAAAGAUGAAAUGGUACUUGGGUGUGGCUGAACAGAGGCAAAAAUUUAAGAAAAAAGAGACGCAACGUACCGGGCGGCUAUUGCUCCGGUUGAAUGCUCCGGUUGAAGGUGAGGGCGUUUUGAGAAAGCAGCUUCUAAUAAUAAUCCGAAACCGUCUUCUGGAGGAGGGAAAGAGAAAGCAAGAUCUUGCUUGUAUCAUUUAUGUUCGGUAUUUUGAUUGAUUCUUUCCAUUCGUGAUUUCAUAUUUCAUCAGUUCCUAUUAACAGGAUUCAAGCGCUUGAAACAACAAUAAUAGUAAUUAAUAAUUCUCCUUCAUUCUCCUCUUCCUCAUUCUUCCUGUCGGUUUUAUUCUUUGGCUCUUAUUAUUUCUCUCUCCCUUAAGUUAUUCUUCUUCUUCUUGCUAUUGCAUUAGCUGACUAGUCAGACUAGUCCCAGUGCUAGUUUGCGUUCUCCAUAAUUCCGUUCGCCCCAUCCCCAUCCCAUCGUAUCCAUCCCAUCCCAUCCAUGCCCACCACACACAGUCGCUCUGGUCCUGGUCUGUCUGUCUGUCUGUGUGUCUGUCUGGUCUGACUGCCAGGCUGUUUCUGGCCCCUCGCCGGCUGCUCUCCACUGUUUCUGCAAUCCCCCGUCUAUCCCCACCACUUUUUUCACCUCUUUUACCACCUUAAAACAAGUGAUAAUAAUAAUAAUACAUAAAAAUAAUAAUCCCAUCCCAGCCAGUGAAGAGCUCUGAAGCAGCCUGUUGCUGCUCACCCUCGUCCCGUACCAUCGGCUCCCCAUCUCUCUCUCUGUGUCUGUGUUCCUCCUCUACAGCCAUCCUUGAGCCUUUCUACCUUCAGCCUUUCUACCUUCCCUUCCCCUCGUUCCUGUAUUGCUCCCCAAUGCCCGCCACCGCGAUCAGCCGCCUUUUCUCUCCUGUUUCUCGCCGUUGCACCACUACCAUCACCGCCACCGCUGCAACAGCCAUUAUCAAUCCCAUUCCCGUGCAUAGUUCUAUCCCAUUACUACAGUCAACACAGCACCAGACCCAGAAUCCCCUCCCUUCACUCCCUUCGCUCCCGCUUCUCCUCGAGAUCGUCAGUUACCCGGCAAGGCUCCGAAACCCUCCAGCAACAGCAGUAGCAGUUUAUCGAUAGACAGUUAUCAAUCCAUCAAUCCACCUCCGCCCAUCUCCCCGCUCUCUCUCUCUUUCUCGCAUCCAGCUUGCCAGAUCGCCACCACCCUCUGACGCUGAUGGGGCUCUGGGUUCCGCGAGUCCUGGUCGCUGUCGGAAAAUACACGCUGCCUUCUCUAGUAACUCUCCAAUCAGCGUGUCCCGACUCACGGUUAAACCGCCGCUUCUUAGCUAUUAUUUAACAAAAAUUCAACCCCGAGCAAAACACCGAGUUUAGCCAAAAAAAAAUAAAGAAUAAUAAUAAUAAUAAUAAAAAUCCACCCCCAAAAAAGCAAACCAAGCCAACCCUCUCUUUCACUUCCUCUCUCAUCUUUCAAACACUUUUGUCGCUCAACUUCUGACCAUCCUCACCACUUUACCUCUCCUCUCUUUCUCACCCUCGCCCUCCCACCUUUUCCUUACCUUCGUUUCGGACAAUUUAAUUCCUUGAGCUCUCUGGUUUAUCGUCUUUUUUUUUUUUGAUUUUUGAUUUUCCUAGAUCUUCUAUUUUUGAUUUUUGCUAUAUUUUGUUUUCUUUUGUGCCGCCGACCUUAUCGCCUCGAAGGUCCAGAACCUCUCCAUUUUCAGCCGCCCCUCUCCUUAUCCCUCCGCAUCAUAGUAAACAUGGCCCUCGAGAGCAGCACCCCAACAGCUCCGGCUGCCCCUGCUGGCAAUUCCAGCGAUUUUGUUCGAAAACUCUACAAAAUGCUCGAAGAUCCGUCAUACUCACAAAUUGUGCGCUGGGGCGAUGACAAUGACAGCUUUGUCGUAUUAGAGUGCGAGAAAUUCACCAAGUCAAUCCUUCCAAAACACUUCAAACACAGCAACUUUGCCAGUUUCGUCCGACAGCUCAACAAGUACGACUUCCACAAAGUUCGCCAGAAUAAUGAAGAAUCUGGCCAAUCACCCUACGGGCCCAAUGCUUGGGAGUUCAAGCACCCGGAAUUCAAAGCCAAUAACAAGGAAUCGCUGGAUAAUAUUAGAAGGAAAGCACCAGCACCACGAAAACCAGCCCAGUCGAACGAUGAUUCAUUCCAUACCCAACAGUUUGACAUGCUUAAUCAGCAGCUUGUGGCUCAGGCACAACAGUUUCAACAAUUAAGCGAUCGUUUUUCACAAUUGGCUUUGGAAAAUCAAAUGAUGCAAACCGAAGUUCGAAGAGUGCAGAAAACGAUGUUAAGCCACGAGCAGGUUCUCCACUACAUGAUGAAUUACCUACAUGGUGUUGAUGCACGGCAUAGACGAGAAAACAGAACGCAAGUGUCAUUCCAGGGUACGAGCGGGCCAGACCUGAGCCCUUCCCAAGUUGCCCCGGUUGAAGACGACGCCGCCUCCCCCCUGCAGCAAGCCACCAAGAUUCUGAGCGAGCUGAGCAACGAAAUCCAAAUGAACUUGGGUAGUCUGGAGUCUAUGACUGACAUGCAAGCAACCCGGCUUCCAGGGGCUGCCCCUACGCCUCCGCUAGAUCAGAUCCAGCGGAAUGGAACGCUAAGACAUCCAACCUCGGCUGGCUCAAGCACGACACUGGGAUAUUCUAAACUCAAUGGCGAACUGGAGCAGAUGGUUUAUCCUGUCGGUGCGCCCAAUGGUAUCGAGCCACUAUAUAGCGAACAUGUCAACAACAUUCCGUAUUCCUUCCCUCCCAAAGAGCUCGAUCCUAACGACCCACGGCGGCAAUACGUGGAUGGACGCAAAAAAAGCAUGUACGUCAACCCAGGUUGGGUACAGCCUCCCCGCAUUCUCCUAGUUGAGGACGACCAGACGUGUCGACAAGUUGGGGGCAAAUUUUUGCUCUCGUUUUGUUGCACUGUUGAUUACGCGCUCGACGGCCUUGAAGCCGUUAAUAAAAUACAAGAAGGUUCUAAGUACGAUAUCAUAUUGAUGGAUAUCAUCAUGCCGAAUCUUGACGGGGUUUCCGCCUGCAGUGUAAUCAGGAGGGUUGACACUACACCAAUAAUCGCCAUGACAUCGAAUAUCCGCAGUAGUGACAUUGAGCUUUAUUUCCAACACGGCAUGAACGACGUUCUUCCAAAACCAUUUACACGGCAGAGCCUCCUCACCGUACUCGAAAGACACUUAAAUCACCUAAAAACAAUACCAAGCGCAAUAGAAGCGCCCCAAUCAGCCAUCGUCGCGCCCAUGGCCCAAACCUCCGCAGGGCAGUCUGUCAAGGACGAAAAUUCCCCAGGACCGUCACCAGCCGCGUCGAUGAAUAACUGGCAGUCCCCCGGUCAAUUCCAGGGCAUGUCACCCAUCACCCCCAAUGUCCCCGGUCAAUACAUGCAGCAGCAAACCCCAACCACAGCGGCAGCGGCAGCAGCAUAUGGACUCGACCAGAAUGGAGUUCAAUACCCACAUCCACAACCGCAAAUCGCCACGAUGAACCCUACAGCAGCCACGGCGGCAGCUCGCGUCCAACACCGUCGGCAGAUGUCGGACAUCGGUGGUGCGGCUGAUGGAAAUUCAUUUUCUAAACGACAAAAGAUGUUUACGCAUACCUCCCAAGCAGUUGUUAAUCCGAUGCAGACGAAUCGCAUACCCUAAAGAUCGCGUGUUUUACUUUUCACUUUUUUUAACCUCCGUCAUCGGUCAUAUCAUACCGCUGUCGAAUUCAUGUCGAUUUUUAUUAAUAAUGUCCCAGUGUGCAUCUCCUUGAAUCACGGUUGCUCUGUUCAUCCUCGUCCUCUACUCUUUCUUACCUACAUAUAUAUAUAUAUCACACAAUUAGUUUUUGUUUCCUCUCACCUGAUAAAAAGAUGCUACGAGAGAAAACUAGUUGCCUUUUGUGUUGUUUCCUUCCUCCCGGGUAUAUAUAUCGGAGGGGAACGUGUGAUUAAUUGGGAUUAAGUAAUCUUUGUUUUCUUUUUUCCUUGUUCUGGCUGAAAGCUGGUGUGACCAGCCCAUCUACCAUGGCCAUGUUGGUAUGAGUGCUUUUCUUAUUUUUAUUUCUUAUUCUUUUGUCUCUUUCCUAUCCUCUUCUUGCUGGCACGCCAAAUCGUCCUGCCGUCGAUGAGAAACGCUUUCUUCUUCUCUCUCUUCCUUCACCCACCCCGCCGGACGAACGAAACUGUUCCGUCCCUUCUAUAUAUUGCUGUUUUCCACGCUUACAAACUCACCACACUCCUCUCGAUUCCUAUAAAUACUUCCACUCGCACGACUUGAGCAGCUAUCUCUUUCCUCUCUGUCUCUCCUCUUUUCACUAUCCACGGGCAAACCAAGCAGACAUUUUUCUUAUUGGCGUUUUAUGGGUGGAUGAAUCUGGGUGGCUUUUUGUUCUUAUUUAUGUUCCUUUUUUCUCUUUCUCUUUCUCAUUUGUGCCAUUUUGGAAAAAAUCAUAUUUUUGUUGAUACUUAUUACUAUUAUUAUCAUCUCAUUGCUUUUAUUUUCAUCAUAAAUCAGAAAUGUAUGUACUUAUGAGGCGGAAAUCUUGUUUCAUUUUUCACAAGCAACCACAACCACUAACUUCCCAAAAUCAUCAUCAUCCACACCUAUCUAUCUAUCUAUCUACCCUCCCUCCUUCCCCCACCCUUAAACACACAUCCGGGUUCGCUUCUUUGUUUAUGAUUAUAUGAGUAUAUAUCAAAUUGGAUUCUUUGAUGUGGCUACAUGCAUGUGGAUGGGGUGGAUUUUCCCUCAACGAACCUACCAUGAGGGCUGUUGCUUUUUUCCGCUGUUCUAGGAAAGCAGGUUGGGCUCGGGGUGGUGGGAUAUCGGGAGUUGCCCGACGAGGACGGCCGGGUUAUAGCGAGAAGACAGAGACGAAAGACGGGGAGAAAAAGCAGGAGAAAAACAGAAAGAUGAAGGGAAGAAGAGAAUCUACGAUAGACUUUUGCAUGACGAUCUCAAACCCGCUCCACUGCCAAUUCCUGCAUGUCCCACGUUUUCCUCCGCCAUUGCCUUUAUCUUGCCUCCUUUCCGUGCUCUUAUUUUUUUAUUUUUUAUUUUUUUCGCUUCUUAUUCCCCUUGGAUUCAAUGAGUGAAUCCCCUUCCUAGUUCCUACUUUUCCCAUUCCUCUUCUUGGUCUCUUUAAAUUCAAUGAUUUUCUUUUCUUGUGACUUCUUUUCCUUAGCGGCAAGGUCUCUCUACCUUUUGUUUUAAAAACCAAAACUUUAAUACAUACAAUGAGAUGACAUGAGAAUGAAAUGAGGACUGAAUUUGGCAUCAAAUCUGAACGGCCUUUAGUGAAAGUGGACAAAUUUGAGUGACUUAUUUUCAACUAUAUUAGGAAAGAAUUUUUUAAUUAAUUUUGUUAAGAA